AUGGAAGACGGUUUGGGGCAAUCGCCGACAUCAACCAUCCGCCGCCGCAACUCCAUCACAACCCCAGUACAAAUCCCUACAAAGCUAACUCUACUCACACCAAAGCCGCUCCAAACCGCCACCAGCCUCUCAAGCGGCAGCGCCACCGCCCCUUUGCCUCUUGACCUCGAGCUUAUCUCUCUCAAAGCUUCCUUCGCUUCCUACACUUCACUCAAAGACAUCCUCCCUUCCCCCGCUGUCGCCGUCAACUCUCCGACCGCCGCGGGAUCCGCUACCAAUUCCGGGUACGAAAUCUCCAUACGUAACCGGUUGGUAAAACAAGCGGCUUGGGCUUACCUUCAGCCCAUGUCAGCCUCCCCUGACUCUUCCGGUACUCAUUUCUUCCGUCGGUUUUGGCUCCGGUUAUCUUCUCAAAACCCUUUCUCUUCUUGCCUCCGCUUCAUUCACCUCAAACUCCUCCCCCGUCUGACCCGACUUUUUGAUCGGAUCAUCCGAUCCAUUCGAAUCAUCUUCACCAGAUAACAGAUAAAAAAAAAAGGUUGCGUCUUCACACGCAGGAAACAAGGGAUAGAAUAUCCAAUAACAACUCUUGUACUGUACGGAAUCAAAUAUAUAUAAACAUAAUUUAUAUUACAAAAAAAAAAAAAUCAAUGAAUUGAAUUUCAGCCUUGGUAUUCAACGAACAAUUCUGGGUUUCUUUUUUUCUUUCUAGAUUUUUUUGUACAAUUUUUUUGUUUAUUCUGGGUUUCUUUUUUUCUUUCUAGAUUUUUUUGUACAAUUUUUUGUUUAUUAGAAAUUGUUAAUCUGUGUGGUUCCAUACGGCGGCGGAGCUUAAGGCAACGACUCCGGAUUGGAACGAUUAAUCGUUUUCAAAUCAGCCCUCAAGUUUGGACCGGACGAGGUCUUAAACGAGGUGAAUCCAGAGCGGAACGAUUGAUCGUUGUUGAAGUUCGAGUCUCACUUCCCCCAGAUUGACUACGGUGACCGUUUGCCGCCGCCGGAACUGGAUUAUCAGGUCUCUGCAAAACAGGUUUGGUUCAAAUAACUUGAAACUUGAAUGCUGAUUGUUUCUCUUUCAAGUUAUAAAAAUCUUCAAGUAAAAAUCUUCAAGAAUUA